AGUACUGUUUGGUCUUGUUCCGCUGUGCAUAAUGAACAACAAAAUUUGGUUACUAUUCGCGUGUGCGGCUGCAAUUACGUCAUUUGUCGAAUGCGGCGGUCACGGGGGUGGACACAAGAAAGUCAUAAUCCAUGUUCCACUGUACGUGAAGCAUCAUCACCACAAGCAUACAAUCGUGAAGCAUGUUCACCACAAGAGUGGGGGCGGUGGUGAUGACCACUACGAAGUGCUUGGCUAUACCUACGGCGAGCCCAAGCCAGCCCCGCAUUUUGGAGGAGGUCACGGAUGGAGUGCAGCUGAAGAGAGCCAGGAUCACGACAGCCCAGUGAGCUUCGACGGUGGUAAUCAUGGGAGCUACUCCAUUGACUCAGGAGAUGACUAUAGCCAACAUGGGUACUGACUGAGUAACAUUAUCUGACCUCAGCCACCACUGAUAUAUUGUAAAUGCUCCAUUCACUUGGCAAUUAAGAAGGAAAUGAUUUAUUCGGAGAAAGAUUAAGAAGAAUCAUUAAAACGGUUGUGUUGUAAACGCACCAAGAGUUCCUUAGCCAAUCAAUAUUAUAAAAUCUGUCUAUCUCUUCCUUAGCCAAUCAAUAUUAUUAACAAAAGGAAAUAUUGAAGUUUUUAAGCACAAAUCUUUGUUCAAACAAUUGUUAUAUUGAUUCAUAAUAACAGUAACCACAAGGUUUUUUGUAAUUCUUCGAGUGCGGUAGUUUAGUGAAACCGAAUACCGAUUCGUUCAAUCGAGUCCUUCAAAUUCAAAGAAACUUAAUUCAAAUAGGCUUAAGCGCAUUUGAAACCUCAUUAUAAAUAUUUUAUUUAAAUUACGGAAUCUACCAUAUGUUCGGAAAAAGAAGAGCUCAUGGGAAGAACAUAAAAGAAACUCAACGACCGCUCUUUCAAAUCAAUGAGUACGAGUACUCGUAUUUUACAGUAUUUGUUAAGCUUUACAAAUUAGUUCGUAGUAUCUAAUACUUAAAUCUUGUUCAAUAAUUAAACAUUCCUUAUUCCUAAAAUUAUACUUAUCCAUCUAGAAAAGAAAUAAUUCCUCUAAGUUCUGACUGCGCAGUGAAUUCCUAGGGCGUAAUUUAAGAUCGUAACUUAAUACAAGGUAGAAAGUACGCUAUCUGAUGACAUAUUUGUUAGAUAAAUUAAUAUAUAAAAUAUAACUUUUUCUAAUAACUUUCGAUACAAAUCAUGAUUUAGUGCGCUGUAAAUCAUAUGAUAUCUUCAUCAAGCUUAUUUCAAUCGUCUAUGCCGCGCAGUAUUAUCAAGUGUAAAUAUAUAGGUUCGUUUGAUUUAAUGAUUCGAAAAUUUUAUUUGAUAGAAAUGCAUUUAAUAAUUUCAAUUGCUAGGUACAGUGAAAGUUAAUUAUAAUUUUGCAAAUGGAAGAAGUAUUAUUAAUUAUAAACAUAAAGUAUUUUAUAUAUAUUGUUGUUUAUAAACGCUAUAUUAUGUAGAAAUUAAGUAAAUUGUUGUAUAGUUUUAAGUGUUUUUAGUAAAUUGUUGUUUUGUUAA